AAAUUAAAAAUAAGCCCAAAACGGAGAUAGCAGCCGGUUGUAGUUGUAUUGUAUGUGAAAAAUACAGCUGCACCACCUCGUAUUUAAAUAUAUAUAAAAAAAAACAACACCUUCUUAAGCCCUCCAUGCUCCAUCAUUAUUCUAGUUGAGGAAGGAAUCAGUAGCGAAACGACGAUGGAAGAGAGCGUUUUCUCGUUGGUGAGCGACGACAUAGUCCUGGCGAUUUUCUCAAAGCUGGAGGACGAUCCACGCCACUGGGCUCGCGUGGCCUGCGUCUGCACCAGAUUCCUCUCCCUCGUCCGCCACUCCUGCUGGAGGACCAAAUGCUCCCAAACCUUCCCUUCCCUCAUCACCGACUCCCCCUCCGCCUCCACCUCCGCCUCCCUCCUCAAGCUCGCCGUCUGCUGCCCGGGCCUCCGCCACGCAGGCGUCGCCGCCAAAGGCGCGGACAGCCGCCGGCCGCAUUUGGCGCGCGGGAACUGGGAUCUGAGGCGGGAGCAAGGGUGCAAGCUUCUGGCCACGCAGUUCCGGCGCGACUCUCUCUACCUCUGCGACUGGCCUGGCUGCGUCCACUCCCAGGAGAAUCGCAACUACAUGCUCUUCAGAGGGCUUUUCCAGAACUUCAAAGCCACGCGCGUUUGGCGAACCAUCAACGACGACAAGAGAAGGAAGAUCCACGUGGAGUGCGCCUUCUGCACGUGCCGACACACGUGGGACCUUGGGUCUGCGUUCUGCCUCAGGCGAGGCUUCGGCUGCCACCGCGACGGGGAGCCUGUUGUUCGUGCCUUUGUUUGUGAGAACGGCCACGUUUCUGGGGCUUGGACUCAUGUUCCCCUCUACUCUUAGAUUUUCUUCGCCUUUCUCUUUCCUUUAAUACUCUAUUUCUUUCUGCUUUUAUUACAAUUUAGACGUUCUAUAACAUUUUCAUUAAUAUUCAAUAGCUGUAACCAUCUUUCCUCUUCUCUUACGCAACCAAAUUGGAUCAAUAUCAACUUCCAAAUCAUGCUUCUGCAAGACUGCAAUUCGGAUUUUGAUGCUCGCUUUAUGCCUUCCAAGCCUCCAAUCUCUUUUGCAUCAGGUUCUUACAUUAUUUGGAUUUUAUUAUUGGUGCCAAUGCCAAAUACUGUUAGUUAAUUUUUUUUCUUCUUUAAUUUAUCUGUAGUUGGAGUGGAAUGGAUGUAACUCACUAAAUGUGUGUUUUGUUUAAAAUUUUGAACAUGAUAAAUCAACAAGUCAAAAUAAAAGUUAUUAACUAUA